ACAAGAAUUUUUAAAAUAAUUUAAUAGUUCAAAUCUAAAAUUAAUAUGAAACACACAUUUAAACUUCAUUCUCCAGAUCAUAAUUCUUCUUCACCUUUAAAACAAAUCAUGUAAACUAAGUUUUUAUUUACUCGUGCAUUAAGAAGCAAGAAUAAGUAUAAUGCUUUGGUUUUACAAAAUUUGGAAUUUCAUGAAUGUUGAUGUUUGAAUUAUUAAAGUCUUUAACACAUCUGAUCAUGUAAUAAUAUUAUAUAAACUUGAAUAGAGAUGAACUGGCUCAUUUAUAAAUUUUACCCAUUUUAUUUAGUAAAAUAGUUAUAUUGUGUGGAAAAUUAAGUGACAAUAUAUAUAUGUAAUACAUUUUAUUAUUUUGAGUUAAGUUAUUAUUUUGUUCACAUAAACUAUGUCUUUGAAUAUGUGUUUGGCUACAUAAUUUGUCACCGAUUGAAAUUAAGAUAAAAAUAGUAAAAUAGACUAGACUGAACUUUUAUCCAUUUGCAAAACCCGAUUAUUUUACAUUUCUAUUUUAUAAUUGGUACAAAUUAAUGUAGAUAAGUAAAGAAACAAAAUUUUACUGUUAUAAUAAUGUUCUAAUAAUGUAUUAUAUUAAAGUCUUUUAAAUUUUAAAGGAAAAUUUACAGCUCAGAAUCUGUUAACAUCAUGAUCCGUCCAUUGCUGUUUUUUUCUUACAGUUAAAACUAUUGUUUUAUCUUCAGUUGCUUUCUUUGGCUGGAAAAAUUUAACCUCUAACCAUAAACACUUAUAAUCUGCCAGCAAUCAGAAACUAAAUCAACUUCUUUCAUAUAUAAAUUGCGAAUGAAAUUCAAAAUAAUCAUAAUCAAAAACAAAAGAAACAUACAUAAAACAAAAUGGCAAGAUCUAUAUGUUUGUGUAUCUUCUUAUUAUUCAUUACUUGGAUUCCAAUUCUAUCCACAAGCUUUCCGCUCUCCACAAAAACUCGAUGGAUCGUGGACGAGAAAGGCCAAAGGGUAAAGCUAGCCUGUGUGAACUGGCCAGCUCAUCUCCAGCCCGCUGUGGCUGAAGGGCUAAGCAAACAACCAUUAGACUCCAUCUCCAAGAAAAUUGUUUCAAUGGGAUUUAACUGUGUUAGACUCACUUGGCCUCUUGAUUUGAUGACUAAUGACACAUUGGCUCGUAAAAUCACGGUCAAGCAGUCUUUUGAAAGCUUGAACUUGUUUGAUGAUGCUCUUGGGAUUCAAAUUCACAAUCCCAAAAUCCUUAAUCUUCCCAUAUUCAAUGCAUUCCAGGAAGUGGUAUCGAACCUUGGACAAAACGGAUUGAUGGUGAUACUAGACAACCACUUGACAUAUCCAGGCUGGUGUUGCAGCGACAACGACCUCGACGCUUUCUUCGGCUACCCUAACUUUGAUCCCGUCAUUUGGGCCAAGGGCUUGGGCAAAAUGGCUACUCUUUUCCGCAAUGUCACUAAUGUCAUUGGCAUGAGCCUUAGGAACGAGCCACGUGGUACUAGAGAUUACCCUGACCUAUGGUUUAGGUUCAUGCCAAAAGGAGCAGAAGCAGUGCACGCCGCAAACCCUGAAGUACUAGUUAUCCUCUCCGGCAUAGACUUCGACACAAACCUCUCUUUCCUCCGUGACCGCUUCUUCAACGUCAGCUUCACCGAUAAACUCGUCUUCGAGCAGCAUUGGUACAGCUUCUCCCACGAGGGAGGCGCGUGGGUAAAACACAACUCCAACGAUAUUUGCGCCAAAAUCAUCGGGGAAGUCAAUCAUAAUGGAGGAUUCUUGCUCGACAGAGGCUUUCCUUUGAUUUUGAGUGAGUUUGGGACCGACGAGAGAGGCGUUGACGUCAGCGGAAACCGGUAUAUGAAUUGUUUGGUGGCUUGGGCCGCUGAGAAGGAUUUGGAUUGGGCGGUUUGGGCAUUAACCGGAGAUUAUUAUUUGAGAACCGGUACAAAACAUAUGGUUGAGACUUAUGGUGUUUUGGAUGCUACUUGGAAAAACGUCAGAAACUCUACUUACUUGCAGAAACUCUCCGGAAUUCAACAUCCAUUUAGAGGACCCGGUUUACAAGAGAAAAAACUUAUUUUGCACCCACAUACUGGCCUAUGUGUCACCAAUAACCACUCAGGCAAUGUACCCACACUUCGACUUGAACUAUGCACUAAAUCCGAGCCAUCGACCUUUAAUCCCAAGGAAGGCAUUCUCUGGAUCAAUAAAAUGUGCGUUGAAACUCCAGAUGUUGCUGGACAAAAGGUGAAGCUUGGAGUUGGCACUAAGUGCUCUAAGUUGGGACAAAUCUCAGCUACUAAGAUGCAUUUGUCGUUUAAGACAAGUAAUGGCUUGUUACUAUGUCUUGAUGUGGAUGAACGUGACAACAGCAUUGUCGCUAACCCUUGCAAGUGUUUGACUAAGGAUGCUUCGUGUGAUCCAGCGAGCCAGUGGUUCAAAGUUCUUUAAAUUCUAUAUAUUUUAUUCUGAUAAAAUGUAUUUGUAAUAAUUUUACGGUCAAACAUGUUAAUCAUUAAAAUUUAAUAAAAAAAUUCGCGAUUGGACAGAAAUCAUAAGGAAACCAAAGAAAUCAAGUUA